GAGUUACAUACUCAAUAUCUUCUUAGCCAAAUUAAUAGAAUAUCAUAUAUGGCAUGGUCAUCCUCCUCCUCCUCCACCUCCAAUACUCCUCCACAAAAGCAUGAGGUGUUCAUUAGUUUUAGAAGUGAAGACACCCGCAAGACAUUCACCAGCCAUCUUAAUGCUGCUUUGGAAAGAUUAGAUAUCAAAACCUACUUAGACAACAAUAAUCUAGAUAGAGGAGAGGAAAUACCCACAACCCUUGUUAGGGCCAUCGAGGAAGCAAAGCUAUCCGUCAUUGUUUUCUCUAAAAACUAUGCGGAUUCUAAGUGGUGUUUGGAUGAGCUCCUAAAAAUACUUGAGUUUGGAAGGGCUAAAACUCUAAUUAUAAUGCCUGUUUUCUAUGACAUAGAUCCUUCUGAUGUGAGGAAUCAGAGGGGAACCUAUGCUGAGGCAUUUGAUAAACAUGAGAGAUAUUUUCAGGAAAAGAAGAAGCUGCAAGAAUGGAGGAAAGGUUUGGUAGAAGCAGCCAAUUAUUCUGGUUGGGACUGCGACGUCAACAGGACAGAAUCUGAAAUUGUUGAGGAAAUUGCCAAGGACGUGCUAGAAAAGCUUAAUCGUGCGAACGUCAGUGACCUAGAUCGUCAGAUAACUAAGUACGAGCAACUUGCACAACUUCAGCAUCAAUAUUUUAUGUGCAUACCUUCUUUGGAAAAUUGUCAAAAUCAUCGAGCAACGGUUCAACGCAUCACAGAACUUAAAAUGGAGAGAAGUAUGCGUUUGCUUCGUCUGACACCAGACAUGCUCUCGCAUAUGAAAAAUUCAAGAGCUGAUGAAUAUAAUAUUUUCUCUCCAUUUUAACAAAAAGAAAAUAGUCGUCUAAUAUUAUGAAUAUAAUCAAUGACAUAUUAUACAUUGUUCCAACAAUUAAAUGUAUUGAAAUGAUGUAAUGCGGGGUACUGCUGAUAUUCUUCAACGUAAUAAAAUUUACUUUUUACCCUGUUGCAGAAAUUCUGAAUGUCUUCAAA